UAAAAAUAGAAGUCCUGGGUUGGUCUUUCUUCUUUACUCUUCACCUUGUCAUAAAUGUGUGUUUCCUGUAAGCGCUAAAUCAAACCCUCUACCGUGUUUUGAUAAACCAACAUCCAGUUGAGUACAGCUCCUUCAUCCUCUUCUUUUUCCAUGCAUGCUUUUAUCCUUCUCUUGUGGUGUGGCUUGUUUGUCACUUCCGUGGUUGGUAGGAAUAAUGAGACUGACCGGUUGGCGUUGCUGGAGUUCAAAUCCAAGAUCGCUUUGGACCCUUUUGGGGUCAUGACAUCUUGGAAUGACAGCAUCCACUUUUGCCGAUGGCAAGGGGUUACUUGUGGUCGCCGACAUCAGAGGGUCACCAAACUGGACCUGCAAUCUUCAAAACUGGUAGGCUCCAUAUCUCCACAUAUUGGAAAUCUAAGUUUUUUGAGGAAUCUAACUCUCUUUAACAACAGCUUUCAUUCUGAAAUCCCUCCACAAAUUGGCCAUUUACACAGAUUACAAUGCAUAUAUUUGGGAUAUAACACACUUAGUGGCAAAAUUCCAAGCAAUUUAUCUGGUUGUACCAACCUUGAAGAACUUAGUGUCGAUCAUAACCUUCUGACUGGAGAAAUUCCUGCAAAGCUUGGCACCUUGUCAAAGCUCCAAUCCUUUUUUAUAAGUAGAAAUAAUAUGAUAGGAGGUAUCCCACCUUCUUUUGCAAACUUGACAUCUCUAUAUGCCUUUGUAACUUCUGAUAAUAACUUGCACGGGAUUACCCCUACUUUUUUUGGUCAACUGACCAAACUUGAGUAUUUUUGUAUGGCUGCAAAUGGGUUGUCUGGUACAAUUCCUCCCUCAAUAUUCAAUCUUUCUUCACUAAUGGUAUUUGAUGUAGCAGACAACCAAAUCCAAGGAUAUCUUCCAUCUGACAUAGGUAUCACCCUACAAAAUAUCAGAGAGUUUAUUAUUGCCAACAACCAAUUUGUUGGGUCUAUCCCUAUUUCGAUAUCUAAUGCCUCAAAUCUAGAGGAACUUGAAUUGAGUUGGAAUAAACUUAGUGGAAAAGUUCCAUCUUUGGAAAAGCUAAAUAGAAUUUCACGGUUUUUAAUUGAUUUAAACAAUCUUGGAAAUGGAAGGAAAAACGACUUGAAUUUUCUUUGUUCUUUGACAAAUUCCACCUAUUUGACUUUCUUGGCUAUAGGAUUCAAUAACUUUGGGGGGGAGGUGCCUAAGUGCAUUGGCAAUUUGUCAACUACUCUUACUAGAUUAUAUCUAGACAAUAACAAAUUAUCUGGAAAGAUUUCCACGGAAAUAGGAAAUUUGAUCAAUUUGGAGAGACUUGAUAUGUGGAACAACAACUUAUCAGGUAAUAUUCCCUCAGAAAUCGGAAAGCUUCAGAAGUUACAAUUUUUGGACUUAAAUACUAACAAUCUCUAUGGUUACAUUCCAUCCUCUCUUGGAAAUUUAACUAUUUUGACAAACUUGUAUUUAUUCCAAAAUAAUCUUGAAGGCAACAUCCCUCUAAGUCUAAGCAAGUGCCGAAAUUUGUUUAUUUUAAAUCUUGCUAAAAACAAUCUCAUUGGUUCGAUAUCCUCACAAGUCAUUGGUCUCUCAUCCUCACUAAUGACCUUAGAUUUGUCUGCCAACCAAUUUAUUGGUGUCCUUCCCACGGAAAUUGGAAAAUUUAACAAUCUAGAACAAGUGGAUAUUUCUGAAAACAUGUUGUUUGGUAAAAUUCCAGCAAGCCUUGGCAGCUGUGUAAAGCUAGAAUUUAUAGCCAUUAGAAGAAACCUCUUCCAAGGGAUCGUUCCUCAAUCUUUGGAAUCAUUACGAGGUCUUGAAUUCGUAGAUCUUUCUAACAACAAUUUGUCUGGCCAAAUUCCAAAAUUUUUAGAGCACUUUGUCUUCUUACAACUUUUGAAUUUAUCUUACAACCAUUUUGAGGGUGAGGUGCCAAUGAAUGGAGUUUUCAAGAACAUGAGUGCAAUUGCAAUAAAGGGAAAUGAGAAGCUUUGUGGGGGCAUACCUAAGUUUCAACUUCCUAAAUGCAAAUUUGAGAAAUCCAAGAGGAGGAAGUUGACCCUUACCUUGAAGUUAAUAAUCUUUAUAUCUUCUGGGCUUCUUGGAGUAACUUUGAUUCUUUCACUUCUACUUCUUUAUUCUUUAAGAAAUAAAAGAAAAGAAAACACAUCAAGUGAUUCAAGAGAUUUGUUUCUAAAUAUAUCUUACCAAAGUAUUCUAAAUGCAACCAAUGAGUUCUCUUCUACCAAUCUAAUUGGUUUGGGUAGCUUUGGGUCUGUGUACAAAGGAGUUCUUGAUCAAGGUAAACAUAUAGUUGCUAUCAAGGUGCUCAACCUUUUGCAUCAUGGAGCUACCAAAAGUUUCGUAGCUGAGUGUAAGGCUCUACGAAACAUUAGGCAUCGAAAUCUUGUAAAGGUGCUUACAUCAUGUUCUAGUAUUGACUAUCAAGGUAAUGAUUUUAAAGCUUUGGUAUACGAGUUCAUGGCAAAUGGCAACCUAGAUGAAUGGUUGCAUCCAACUUCAAGAAUAAAUGAGAUGCUUGAGGAACCAAGGAGUUUGAGUCUUCUUCAGAGGUUGAAUAUUUCCAUUGAUGUUGCUAAUGCAUUGGAUUAUCUUCAUCACCAUUGCCAAACACCAGUCAUUCACUGCGACCUUAAGCCUAGCAAUGUUCUUCUUGAUGAUGAAAUGAUUGGACAUGUAGGUGACUUUGGCUUGGCAAGAUUGCUUUUUGAUGCAACCCAAGAUUCUCCUAUUAACCAUUCAAGCUCCGUUGGAGUAAGAGGAACUGUUGGUUAUACUCCUCCAGAGUAUGGUAUGGGAAAUGAGGUGUCAAUGUAUGGUGAUGUCUAUAGUUUCGGCAUAUUAUUGUUGGAGAUUUUCACAGGGAAAAGGCCUACUGAUAAAAUAUUUCAAGAGAGCUUAAAUCUUCAUGACUUUGUUAAAGCAGCUUUGCCUGAAAGAAUACUUGACAUUGUAGAUCCUAUUCUUCUUCAAAAAAGAGAAGUGGGGGAAAUAAGGAUGAAUGACAUUACUCGCAAUGAAGGUCCCAAUGGAAUUCCAAAAAGUCAAGAAUGCCUGAUUUUGAUACUUGGAAUUGGGGUUGCUUGUUCUGUGGAAUUUUCAAGAGAAAGAAUGAACAUGAGUGCUGUCAUUACUGAGCUUAAUUCAAUUCGACGAAAACUUCUUGGAACUCAUAUACGCAAACAAAGCCUUCGAGUCACAGGUGCACAAGAAUGAUGACUUAUGAUAAAGGACUUCGUCAUGAUAAGAAAACUUAACCUGUUCUGAUUUGAUAAACUUCACUUGCAAUGGCUUCCAUCAAUAAUAAAAUGGUGCCGGUGCAUUUGAAAUUGGUGGAGUCCGUAUGAGUCCAUGAAGAUGAGUGUCAAAUGGAAGAUAAUGUGGCGCAGUCUACAUCUACUUAAGGCAGCACAGUGGCCAUGUUUCAACCAAGUAUUUUCAACUAACAUUAUUUAAAUAUUUUUUCAUAUUCAAUCAAGAAGAUUUUUCAUUAACGGGUCCAAGGACGGUUACAUUUGUUGAUUACAAUUCCCCAACGUCCUCACCUUCUUGUCUUUUGGGGUUGGGUCCGAACUACAUGCAGAAAGUUGGUUCUGCUUCAAUCUUCACCAAUUCUUAUAUAAAUGUGCUUUUCCUUAUGAGCACUAAGCAACGAAAUCAAACCCUCUCUGUUUUGUUUCUACAUACCGUAUUGGAUAUGGGGCUUUCCCACUGGAGUUCAGCUCCACCAUCUUCUUCUUCUUGCAUGCUUGCCUUUAUCCUUCUCUUGUUCUGUGGCUUCUCAGUCACGUCUGUGGUUGGCGGUAAUAAUCAGAUGGACCGGUUGGCGUUGCUUCAGUUCAAAGACAAGAUCACUCAUGUUCCUUUCAGGGUUAUGGCAUCUUGGAAUAAUAGCAUCCACUUUUGCCAUUGGCAAGGGGUUAUUUGUGGUUGUCGACAUCAAAGGCUCACCACGAUAAACUUGCCAUCUUUCAAACUGGUAGGCUCCAUAUCACCGUAUGUUGGUAAUUUAAGCUUUUUAAGGAAUCUCACAUUGCAAAACAACAGCUUUCUUUUCGAAAUCCCUCCAGAAAUUGGCUGACUACAAAUUGCAAUACUUAGGAUUGCAUAACAACACACUAAGCAGCAAAAUUCUAAGCAAUUCAUUUGGUUGCAUCAACCUCAAAGGCCUUAAUGUCGGUUACAACUUUCUGACUGGAAAAAUCCCUGCAA